AGUUGUCUUGCGAGCAGCCUGCUUGGCGAGGUGGCGCGAUGCACUCUGGAUGUUGUAGUUCCCAUUUGAUUCAGGCUUCUGCUCCUCGGGCUACCCCGGUGCCGAGGGCCGGACUACAUUUCCCUUCAGUCCUCCCGAUUCCCCUCGGCCGCCUUGGCGGAGACAUUUGCGAACGGAGUGUCUCCAAGAUGGCUGCUUGGGGAAGGAGGCGCCUUGGCCCGGGCAGCAGUGGCGGCAGUGCCCGAGAGAGGGUAACUUUGUCUGCCACAGAGUGUUACAUCGUUCACGAAAUCUACAAUGGAGAGAACGCCCAAGACCAGUUUGAGUAUGAGUUGGAGCAGGCUCUGGAGGCACAGUACAAGUACAUAGUUAUAGAGCCCACCCGGAUUGGUGAUGAGACUGCCCGAUGGAUCACUGUUGGGAACUGCCUGCACAAGACAGCCGUGCUGGCAGGCAGUGCCUGCCUCUUCACCCCACUGGCACUUCCCUUAGAUUAUUCCCAUUAUAUCUCCCUGCCUGCCGGCGUGCUGAGCAUGGCCUGUUGCACCCUCUAUGGAAUCUCCUGGCAGUUUGACCCCUGCUGCAAAUAUCAAGUGGAGUAUGAUGCCUAUAAACUUUCCCGACUGCCUCUGCAUACGCUCACUUCCUCCACUCCUGUGGUGCUGGUGAGGAAGGAUGACCUGCACAGAAAGAGACUGCAUAAUACAAUAGCACUCGCUGCCCUGGUGUACUGUGUAAAGAAGAUUUACGAGCUUUAUGCUGUAUGAUUUCAGUAGAAAAGGGAGAGAGAGAGAAAAACACCCACAAAAGACAACAAUGUAUUAAGAUUUCCACAGUAACAUUUUUUUUCCUCUGAAAUGCAAUGGAGACUGGGAAGGUGUUUGGUUUAAUAUUUGUUAUUUUUCAGAGUAAGACAAAUCACUGCUACACCAAGGGAUUUUUUUUCAGCUCAUUACACUAAGAUGUGGAUCUGCAGUGACUCAAGACAUGUUCUAGGCUGUGGAAGUCUGAUUGAGCAGUGGAAUGUUGAUGGAAGCAAACUAUGUGAAGGGGGGUGUGAAAUGCUUUUUUGGGGGAGGGGGGAACCUUUCAAGUAUAUUGUUUAACUGUACCAUCCAGAGCCAGCCAGAAGCUAUUGACCAUUAAAAUAAUGAGCAUUUCAA